GCAACAUUUCGAGAUGACGGCUGACCGAAUUUUAUGGAUCGUGCUGCUUGUGCAAGCCUCACUUACAACCGUUCUUACAAGUGCGCAGCCACCAGGUCACGUGACCAUGGAUUCCAUCAACCUGAGGCACAUCUUGAGAUGGCGCCCCCCGCUCGUGCAUUGCAGCAGGCCGUUGCUCUACUCAGUGCAGUACCAAGGGGAGUUUGAGCUGAUGAUUCGAGACGGCACAUGGCUGAAUUCUCAUGGGUGUCAGAAUAUAGAGCACACUCACUGCGACCUGUCCUUGGAAUUGGGCUCCGACUCAGACUACAACAUCCGCGUGCAAGUGCACUGCGGCAACAAAACGGUGGCAUGGCAGCAACUGAAGCAGUCAUUCAACCGGAGGGACACCGUUUUGAUGGUUCCCAAGAUGAAGGUUUCAGCGGUGGGCGGUACCCUCCUGGUCGCCGUGGAGCAGGCCCCGCCUUCGGCAUCCAUCCAAGUGGAGGUGCUGAAGAGUGGCGACACCCCGGAGCAGCCUCAGGUGUUUACCUUCCCAGCUAAGGAAAAGCUGUUACGCGUGCCCAACCUGCAGGAGAGAGCCCAGUACUGCGUCCGCGCGCAUCUGCUGUUGCUGGGAGAGCAAACGCCAAGCCAGCGCACUCCAGAAGAUUGUGUGCGCAUUCCAGGUCCAAACGAUGUCUGGAAGAGUCCUACCACAGCGGUGCUGACGCUCCUCCUCAUGGGCUGCGUGACCUUCGGCGUCGUGUGGUGCGCCAUUCAUUGCCGUGCACAUAACUACUGUCGCUACUUCAUGAAGGAACCGCUGACACAGGUUCUCUCCAAGUUCGACUGGACAGCAACCAACGUGCCCACAGAGCAGCCGGAAGAGGUUUGCACGGAGGCAAUUGUAAUUCCCAAGGACCACCUCCAACUGAUCUCACCCGUCCAUGGUCACGGUUGACAGUGAGGGAAUCCGAGUGAAGACUUUGGACAGCUUUAUUUCUUCUAAGCGUGGUUGGGCUUAUCACCGAAGGUCUCUGAAGGUCCGCUAGAAAGUACUUUUCUACAAACUGUAACAAACCAGAAGUAGACUAAGAAGAAUCCCUAACAGUUACAGAACCUCAAAAUGAGAUAUUCUAAAGGAGAGCUUUUUUGGAAUCUUCUGAAAAGUCAUCUACAGUGCUGCAUUCGUCAUGCAAACUCCUAAAAAGAAGACGGCAGGCCAAGAACAAGCCUCAAGGCUUUAAGUUCUGAACCAGCAGAUGCAAAAUCAUGGGGAUCGCACAAGAGAAAUCAUGGUUUCCGGUCGAGAUGAGACAGACUUUAUUUGUGCUGAGGAAUGUCAGUCGGUCGCAACAGAACACUCACACACAGUAGACUUCCAAGCCAAAAUUCACAAAUUUUACAGAAUACAUUUUUGACCCAAACAGAGAGCAGGAUUUUCUUCUGUUCAUCUUUGCAACUAAAUCUCUACAAAUUCUGUUUCACCAUGGUUUUACCUUAUGAACAUUAAAAAAAAGAAAAAAAAAAAAGAAACAAAAAUCGAACACGUUCAUUUUUCCAAUGAUUUGAUUGUAAAUUCAACAAGAUAAAUAUACAGCGGUGCCUUGACAUACUUAUUCAGUGCCAUGCACUGACAGCAAUCGACGGACCAGAGUUGCUUUAAAAAUAACCGUUUUUAUAUUGACCACGCAUUAACUUUGACAUAUUACUACUUACAGUGCUGAAAUUAACCCUUUAUCGGGCAAUUCUUUGAAUACUGCGAACUAAAAAAAUAAUAAUGUUUGUUAUUGGUGGCCAUGACCAGAGUUUAGUAAUCAUGCAAAUGUCCCAAAAUCAGCAGGAAAUGACUUGAAAGGAAAGUAAAUGACCUCAAAUGAACAGGAAGUCAUUCAGGAAAAGCCCCAAAAUCAGCAGGAAGUGCCCUGGAAUUGAACGUAAAUCAACAGGGAGUGAACCAGAGCAGAAAAAAGUAUCCCCAUUUUCAAGAUAAUUUCGCCUGAAUUAACAUUUUAAUAAAUACACAGUUAAGGUACUAAUUAAAAAAAAAAAAAAAAAAAAAAAAAAAAAA